AUGAGCGAGGUGUCAAGAUCCAAGCCAUUGGCGUCGCUGCACGCAAGCGCGCCAUCUUUCAAGCCGCUCAUCCCGACGGCUUUGCUUCCCUACAUCGCAUUUGUUCUCCUCUCGUCCGUCUUCUUGGCCGCAUUCUACUUCACAACACUUCCAAAGAGGAGCAUCACCACAAAAGAGAUCGUCGUCGGCGUCGUCGCAAGCCUGCAGGCGGGCUUUGGUGUCGUUGCUCUCUUCAAUGCGGUCGGCGUCUAUGUAUGA